UUUCCUUGCUAGUUGUGCACAGAAUGUGCUGGUAGCUGAACGGCUGGCGGCCAUUUUGCCUAGGUUAUAAGCCUUACGUGCAGGGAAUGCUGUGGUGGUCCAAGGUAGGCCUACUCUACAGAUCUGGUAUUAGAAUAAUAAAAAAAAAACAGGCAACCUGAGUUUACCUUUGACCUCCAAGACGCGGGAAAAAAGGCACUCCUCAUUGCCCCCUUACCAACCUGGAUCUAGGAUUGGUUCUAACAUCGAAGCAUUUCAACUGGAGUAUUAGAGUCCAUUGGAUGCUUGCACUGUGCACACAGAAAAAAGUUGUUUUCAAAGAAACAUUUCAGUUUACAAGGAACAAUGACAACGUGAAAGCUUGAUUUGAACAGAAAACAAAAGUUAUUUAAUCUAAAAAUAGCAUAUACUUCUCAAUACUUUUUGAAGGCUACAUUGGACAAUGAACAUAGACGACCACCAAAUAGAGAUAGAAGAUGAUUCUUCCCAGAGCCGACUGCUGCAAGAAACAAGCAGCAUCUUUAGCACUGACUACACGGAACCAUCUAUUCGAUGUGUUCAAAAUGGCGACAUAAAAACAACGGCAUAUCUCUUACAACGCCUCUUGGAGAAGCUAUCUAGGGAAGGAUUGCCGCCCCCAACCCUUGAGCCUUAUAAAAUUUCCAGAGAUCUGUCAGACAUCUAUACAAUGCCAUAUCAAGUCUCGGCUCCUAAACUUCCACCACGGCCAGAUUCUUUGAAAAAGAAAAGUGUCCGUAAGAGUUAUAACAACAUGUUUAAGGUACUUCUUGUGGCCUGCAUCUUCCUGGUCUUCUGCCUGAUUGGUGUCAUCUCUUUGGCCUUGAAGUUUUACUUGGACACAAACAGCUGUUCUAUCAAUGAGAUAAUUAUCAGAUAUAAUGAAACUGUAAUGGGAGAGGAAAAUCUAACGUCUACACAAAUGCCUGUGACAGAAUCUUUCAAAAGUACCGCCACCAAAUCUACCCCAGAGAUACAUUGUUGUUGUGAUAUGUGCCGAAAUGUACCAGUCAAUCAAGAUCGAUCAAGAGGUCAAUUAAAUCGCAUGGCAUCAAUAUCUACUCCAUUUGCUAACUUUGAUUCGAGCCGACAAAGUGGUAACGAUGUGUGUGUGUUUGGCUCAGCGUGUGCUCGUGUUGGCAUACAAAUCCCUGACGAUUUAAAACAAUGUGCAGAUCUAUCAGACGAGCGUGGUAUACUUUUGAACGACUCUCUGGACACUAGACAAAGACAGAACAGGAAAGGCAUCAUAGUCCACAAUAACAGUUCUCUGGAUAUCAAAAUCGAUGGCACCUACAUGGUUCAAUCCAGACUCGCCUACAAUCCAAACUGUUCAUCUAUUUGUCCGUCAAGUCAACAGCAUAAUUUUGUCCACAAAGUACUGGUCUAUCGUAUUCGAGACAGACAUAAUACGCAAAAAGAUGAAAAAAUAGAACUCUUGCGAGGUGAACAGAAAUGUUGCGAUGACUGUAGCAAUCAUUCAGGAAUCAGUUACGUCAGGGGCAUCUUCCAGCUUUUGAGAAGCGAUGACGUAUACAUCAAAACCACAGGCCAAGAACUGAUCAAGUACAAUCACAUCUCUUCUUACUUAGAAGUUGUCCUGCUCAAAGAAGGUCUAGAAGAUCCAUAAAAGAACAAAAUUUAAAUCUAGAUUUAUAGUGACUCGUCUGUUUAGCUAUGAUCUCCAAUUUAUUGUAGAACCCCUUAACGAGUUGGCUAAGAUUUGUACAAGGGAAGGAAUUGUUAUAUUUCUAAAUGAAACAUUUUUUCUUCAGAAAUGACAACAUAAAACAUUCAACUGUGAUAUGAUAACAAGUUGUUGUUUUUUAAUUACAUUUCGUAACACUGGUCCAGUCUAAACAAAAGAAUACAAGACUGUUCAUGGCAUAAUAUAAUUUUUUUUUUUUUUAUUUUAAAUUUUAAGAUUAAAAAAAACAAAAACUUCAUAUGUCUAUCUGUGAUUUCACUAUUCUGUUAUGGUAGUGGUGGUGGACUAAGCCCUAUAGACAAUAAGUCAUGUUUAUGUUGGAUAUGACUGUCGUGUGGGUCUAUACGACUAACAACUGAAUCAAUAUAGUCGAUGUGUGCCUAUGAUGUAUGGUUCAGGUCUUGACUUUUCAAUAUGGUACGUACCAAUGUGCUGGAAUCUUUUUGACCUUUGAUUAAAACGUAAGUAAUAGUGCGCUAAUGUAUAGCUUGCCUUUAUUUGAUAUAUACAAUACAUUAUAAGCAAGCAACCAAUGUCACGUGUUUAAAACAUGCUGAUUAUCAAAUAAGCUUAUCUUCAAUACAUGUGCAUUUUGCUAGUUUACAGCUUCUCUUAUACUAAGAUAUUUGCCUGCUGUAAAGUAGCAUGUUUUCUUUGUCUUUCGUAAAUGUAAUUAAUUUUGUGUACAUAAAAUAGGCGUGGACUGAUUUAUGUAUUUAGACAACACUUGUGUCUUGGUCUAUGUUAACUAACAGUUUAUGUAUAUCUAUAGCUUCUCACUGGUUUAGGACAUUUAUAAACCAAUUGUUAGCAAUGCAUUUAUUGACCAAUGUGUUGAUUGGUAGUAACCAAGGCUUCUCUUUUUACUAAUGUUUCUAUACUACAAAAAAGAGGACUGGAUAUAUGAAACAGAUAAAUGUAAAUAUUAAGUAAAUAUGUAUAUAAACACCCUUGCUGUGUUCAUUAGACCAGGUGCUAAUGAGUAUUAUUUACCUGGACCCUAGGUUUUCUGACUCUACUUUUUAAAAUUGUUUAUAUAGUAUAAGUAUAUUGUUAUUUUUGUUAACAUUCCUUAGAAUCAAUAUUCCUGCCACUUCUUGUUUUAUUGUAUUGAAUCACUGCAAUGUACAGAAGACUCACUCUAAUAGAAAACAAACUUUGACAUGUAACAUUUUAAAUCCAAAUUCUUGUGAUGAUAAAACCUCAAUAAAAAGAGUACUGUAGGUUUUGUACACAAGAAGGUUGAGUCAAACUGAUAUUUAAAACUCUUGUUUAGAAAGAAAGCUUUAAAAUGAUUCUUUUUCAAAUUGAAUUACACUUCUGAUUCAACUUGAUUUAAAUUAUCAUUGAAAAUGUAUUUAGGAACUUAAAUACCGAAAAAAUUGUUGUUUUUUUCAAAUUAAAAACUUCUUAAAAUGACUUAAUACUUUUGAAGAUUCCACCCAUUUCCUCUCUCCACUGUAGGUUUAUGUUGUUCAUUUCCUCUCUUCACUGUAGGUAUAUGUUGUUCAUUUCCUCUCUACACUAUAGGUUUAUGUUGUUCAUUUCCUCUCUACACUGUAGGUUUAUGUUGUUCAUUUCCUCUCUACACUGUAGGUUUAUGUUGUUCAUUUCCUCUCUCCACUGUAGUUUUAUGUUGUUCAUUUCCUCUCUACACUGUAGGUUUAUGUUGUUCAUUUCCUCUCUACACUGUAGGUUUAUGUUGUUCAUUUCCUCUCUCCACUGUAGGUUUAUGUUGUUCAUUUCCUCUCUACACUAUAGGUUUAUGUUGUUCAUUUCCUCUCUCCACUGUAGGUUUAUGUUGUUCAUUUCCUCUCUACACUGUAGGUUUAUGUUGUUCAUUUCCUCUCUACACUAUAGGUUUAUGUUGUUCAUUUCCUCUCUCCACUGUAGUUUUAUGUUGUUCAUUUCCUCUCUACACUGUAGGUUUAUGUUGUUCAUUUCCUCUCUACACUGUAGGUUUAUGUUGUUCAUUUCCUCUCUCCACUGUAGUUUUAUGUUGUUCAUUUCCUCUCUACACUGUAGGUUUAUGUUGUUCAUUUCCUCUCUACACUGUAGGUUUAUGUUUUUCAUUUCCUCUCUACACUGUAGGUUUAUGUUGUUCAUUUCCUCUCUCCACUGUAGGUUUAUGUUGUUCAUUUCCUCUCUACACUGUAGGUUUAUGUUGUUCAUUUCCUCUCUCCACUGUAGUUUUAUGUUGUUCAUUUCCUCUCUACACUGUAGGUUUAUGUUGUUCAUUUCCUCUCUACACUGUAGGUUUAUGUUGUUAAUUUCCUCUCUACACUGUAGGUUUAUGUUGUUCAUUUCCUCUCUACACUGUAGUUUUAUGUUGUUCAUUUCCUCUCUACACUGUAGGUUUAUGUUGUUCAUUUCCUCUCUACACUGUAGUUUUGGGCUAAGUGCGCUUGAACUUGGCUUGCCUUGGCUACCUAGAAGGGGGCUCGAGGUUCGACACCCGACUCGGGCAGAGUUGUGUUUACUGAGCGCCAAAAGGCAGCACGGAAAACCAACUCCUAGAUACCCCCUCCCCCCCCCCCACUGGUCCACAAAUGAGAUUGGACCAAAGCGCUCUGAGCAUGCUAUAAGCAUGAAAGUAGCGCAAUAUAAAAGCUAUAAUAAUAAUAUCCUCACUACACUGUAGGUGUAUGUUGUUCAUCACUUAUAAGAGACAUUUUGUUUUGUUUAAUUGCAUAGAUUGUACUUUUGAAGCAUUUAUUGCAUGGUAAGCAUUUAACUGGUAUUCCAGUAUUUAGUACCAUUUUCGGUUGAGUUUUUAUAACUUGAUAAGUUACACUAACUAAUGUGGGCAUUAUGGGGUGGGUCAAACCGUAUUCUAUUUGACUCGAGAUGUCUUCCCGUUCAUCAGUCUGUGAAUGCGCUUUGUUUUAUUUUUGCAUUUAUUUUCCACACAUUCUGUAUGUCAAACACUUUAUAUUGUAAAUACAAAUACCAUAUACUUUUAUACAAGUUCUUGUAUUUAAUCCACCAGAUUGGAAAAGGCGUUAAUGUUAAUGUUUGUCUUAGAUUUAGAUCUAUGUUUUAUACGACCCUGGGCUCCUCUUGUUAUACUCCACUGUGUCUUGAGUCUAUUCAAUGUCUCUAAGAUGUUUCUAGUUCAAAACAAAUUGUAUAGUUUCUUCUUUCAAAUCCUUGCAAACUUAACACGCCUGAUCUGCUGUCGAGGACAAACGCUGACGGCGAAAAGUAAAUAUAAAUUGACCACCUGCGGACAAUGGUUUUGCUUGCCCUGGAUGUGUCAAAUAUGUAGGUCACAGCUGGGACUGCGCAGCCAUGGGAACUACUGCAUUUCUCACUGAUCUUCCGACUCGAAGACUAGCCUUAUUGUUAUUAUUAUUAUAAUUGCAACGAAAUAGUGAUCUAAACCAUGAUCUAUUUCUAUCAACCAUUGUGUUCAAAAAUAUUUUUUUACUUUUAUAUAUUUUAUACUUACGAAAAUUCAAUUUAACUAUUUUUAAAUACUUAAUGUUUAAUAAAAAAAAUCAUUUGUCAACAUGAAA